UUAAAAAAAAAAAAAAUAUUUAAUUUCAUUGAUAAAAUGGAAUUAUGAUAAUUACGUACGUAUGCCAAUAAAGUCAUCAUUUUCGAUCCAAUUUCUCUCUCCGAAACCCUAGAAAAUUCACUCUCCGAAUAACUGAAAAAAAGAUAGGACCCCUAAAUUUUCUCAAAGAAAUCCUCUCUUUUUCCGGGAAAAUCCUUAUCAAUCUAAGAGACAAGAAAGUUUUAAAAGCAACAAUUUCGGGUUAAAAAAUUAGUUUUCUUGGGGAGUGCAUAUGGGGAGGGUUAUGCGUGAAACGUCGAAAUCAUCCUCGUCUUCGACCUCCUCCGUCAGCGCCACCACGACUUCGACCUCUGUGACGGAGACGGUGAACGGGUCUCACCAGUUCAAGAUCACGGGGUAUUCGCUGUCGAAAGGUUUGGGGAUCGGCAAAUACAUAGCUUCCGACACGUUCAUGGUGGGUGGAUAUCUGUGGGCGAUCUAUUUUUAUCCCGAUGGGAAGAGCCCCGAAGAUAAUUCUGCCUACGUUUCGUUGUUCAUUGCUUUGGCGAGCGAGGGGACCGACGUUAGGGCGCUUUUUGAGCUCACACUUUUGGAUCAGAGCGGGAGAGAGCGGCAUAAGGUGCAUAGCCAUUUUGGGAGGACGCUUGAGAGUGGGCCCUAUACGCUUAAGUAUCGCGGCAGCAUGUGGGGAUAUAAACGAUUUUUCAAAAGAACUCUACUGGAGCAAUCAGACUACUUUAAAGACGAUUGCCUCUCUGUUCACUGUAGUGUUGGUGUUGUUAAGUCACAUACAGAGGGUCCUAAGAUCUACUCCAUAGCUGUUGUGCCUUCAAACAUUGGUCAUCAUUUUGGACAACUACUAAAAAGCGGAAAGGGAACCGAUGUAAGCUUUGAAGUUGAUGGGGAAGUUUUUCCUGCCCACAAGUUGGUACUUGCUGCUCGUUCACCUGUGUUUAGAGCACAACUUUUUGGUCCAAUGAAGGAUCAGAAUACAAAGCAAAUAAAAAUUGAAGAUAUGGAAGCUCCUGUUUUUAAGGCCCUACUUCACUUUAUCUACUGGGAUUCUCUGCCUGACAUGCAAGAGCUCACUGGUCUCAACUCAAAGUGGGCCUUUACAUUGAUGUCUCAGCAUCUGCUUGCAGCUGCAGAUAGGUAUGGACUAGAUGGGCUGCGAUUACUUUGUGAGGCAAAUCUUUGUGGGGAUGUUGCCAUUAACACUGUGGCAACUACGUUAGCCUUGGCUGAGCAGCACCAUUGUUUCCAGCUGAAAGCUGUGUGUCUCAAGUUUGUUGCAAUGCCAGAAAAUCUAAGAGCUGUAAUGCAGACUGAUGGCUUUGAGUACUUGAAGGAAAGUUGCCCAUCUGUCUUGACAGAGCUGUUGGAGUAUGUGGCUAGAGUAAAUGAGCACUCAGUGAUUGUAUGCAGACAUGCGAAUGAAGCCAUCCUCGAUGGAAGUGAUGCCAAUGGUAGGCGGGUGAAGCAACGACUACAGUAGCAGCAGCUGGCCACAUUUUCCAGUGUAGUUGAAAAAAAGGAAAAAGAAAUGAAAGGAAAAAAAGGAAAUAUAAAAUCUCUAGAAUUAGGAAAAAUUUUCCAGUGCUAGAAGCUUGGGUGGAUUUGUAAGAGAUGUAAAUGUAGUUGUUCAUUUGGUGUUGAUUUGUUUGUUUUGUGAUGGGAAUGAGAAGCGUUUCCAAAAUUGUAGGUUUUUCCAUAUCUUGGCUUUUGACAUUACUACUUAUAGUUGGUAUUUACUGUGAUUACUGGUGUGUAUUGAGGAUUGAUUGACGUCCUAGAAGAAACAUUUUGAGUCAGCAGCUAAUGGUUACAGACAACAAGAGUUUGUCAAUGUAUUGUCCGC